AUGUCUGCCGCCACAGUCUUCGAUUCGACGCUCUUUGGCAACAUUUUCGGCACCGAGGAGGCUCGCCAAGCCUUCUCUGAAAGAUCUUAUGUUGCCAAUCUCAUCAAGGCCGAGUGCGCUCUGGCCGAGGCGGAAGAAGCUGAAGGCAUUGUGCCGGGUGGCACUGCUGCCAACAGAUGUCGAAAUGGGUUCCCGAAGAGACUUCUCGAACCUCAAGCUGGUUACAUUCACUGGGGUGCCACAACGCAGGACAUCAUGGACCUAGCGUCGGUACUCCAAAUGAAAACUGGUCUUGAAAUCGUCGAGCGCCUUCUGCGCAAAGUCACCUCCACCUUAGAGACAAUGUCCGCCGCCUACAGAGACGUACCCAUGGCCGGCAGAACGCAUCUGCAACAUGCCCUCCCAAUCACUUUCGGAUACAAAUGCGCAGUUUGGCUGGCUGGCUUCCGUAGACACGUGAAGCGUUUGGAACAGAUCAAGGAAAGCUGUUUGCUGGUUCAAUUUGGCGGUGCUGCUGGUACCCUUGCUUCUCUAGGCACAAGCGACAGUGGCAUUCGCGUGCGCAAGCGACUCGCAACUAUUCUUGGGUUGCAAGACCCCAUCAUCACUUGGCAUGUGGCGCGCGAUACUGUCGCUGAGAUCAUCAACUACCUUGCCCUGGUGGGCGGUAGUCUGGGCAAGAUUGCCCUCGACUUGAUCAUCAUGUCAUCAAACGAGCUGAAUGAGGUUGCCGAGCCUUACGUUCCUCAUCGUGGCGCCUCCUCGACCAUGCCUCAAAAGCGCAACCCCAUUUCCAGCGAGGUGAUACUCGCGCAAUCGAAGAUUGUGCGCUCACAAGCCGGCCUUGUCCUCGACGGUAUGGUCUCUGACUUCGAACGAGCGUCCGGACCAUGGCAUCUGGAGUGGGCUGCUAUACCGACAGCCUUUAUUUCGAUUGUUGGGUCUCUCUACCAAGCUGAAUUUGCCCUGUCAGGGUUGCAGGUCAACAAAGAUGCCAUGAUGGCUAAUCUCAAGUCAACAAGGGGCUUGAUCGUAGCAGAGGCUGUCAUGAUGGACCUAGCAAAGUACACCGGCCGCCAGGAAGCGCACGAGAUUGUUUACAAGGCGUGCGUCAAGGCACACGAGAACAGCAUGUCACUGCAAGAAGCGUUGGAAGAGUCAUCACAGGUGACGUCUCACCUUGCUUCGCCAGACCUCGCAAAAUUGUGCGAUCCUACAAGGUAUCUAGGGUGCUGUCAAUUGAUGCUGGAUGAGCUGUUGGGACAAAGAGGGGCCCAUGAUAAUGGAAACGGGAUGGACUUGAACGGCAACAAUGGGAUUGCGGAUACUAAUGGAAUCACCAACGGCAGCCAUUAA